UUAAAUUGCAUUCGGUUGUAUCAUUACGGUUAGUACAAGCGAGCGUAAUCACACGAUUAGGUUAUUUUAAGUCCGUUGACCAAAGCUUUACCAAACCGUGAAUGACACAGCGGUGGCGUAUUCUCAACCAACCUCACGGAUUCCCUGCGCAACAAGUUGACAAGCGGCCAGUGCUUCUUGUCUCGCCGCAUGUCUCUUUGCUUCAGAUUGUGUAAUUUUUCGCAAUUCUAAUUCUUUUUUCCCCAUGGACAUUUCGCUAUAGCUACUUUACGCCAUGUGAAGCUGUGGCUGGUACCAAUUCAACCUUGUGGAGGACAUGACAGUUACUUCGGCUGAAUAAAAUAAGACGACUGGCCUACCUGUGCAGCGGUACGUUGCGGAAGGUUAUUCGUAAAGGCAAAGAUUGCGCCCAACACCAUGACGGAACACCAGGAGCAGAAUGACGAGGGAGUCCUCAUCUCAACACAGGACCUGGAGACUUCAAAACACCAGGAUACUCAAGGAGGCCAUCCACAGUUCAGGUUGAUUGACGACCUAUCAUAUGAAGAUGUGAAGAAAUGCUACAGGGGUUCGUCUGUGUCUUGCAGUGGGGUCCGCCACGCCGUCGAUGUGUGUGUGUGUGUGUGCGGCUGUGUGCGCGGCUCCAGCAUGCUGAGUCUGGUGCAGCAGAGCUCUCGUCCUCUGAGAGAGAGGGCGGCCGCCGGUUUGCCGGUGCCGGUGGGAGGGAGGCCAGCCAAGGAACUGCUCAUGACUCUGCCCUGUCCCUCUGCUCAGACUGUCAGCAAGUACAACUCGCAGUACCACAAACUCUUCCAGUGCGUUCCGAAGGACGAGAUCCUAAUGAAAGUAUACUCCUGCGCUCUGCUCCGAGACAUCCUGCUGCAAGGCCGUCUUUAUAUCUCCAGGAACUGGCUGUGUUUCUAUGCCAACCUCUUUGGCAAGGACAUCAAGGUUGCUAUCCCCGUGGUCUCUGUGAGGCUGGUAAAGAAGCACAAAACAGCAGGUCUGGUGCCCAACGGCCUAGCCAUCACCACAGAUACCAGUCAGAAGUAUGUCUUUGUGUCUCUGCUGUCCAGGGACAGUGUGUAUGAUGUGCUCCGGAGGAUCUGCACACACCUUCAGGUCAAUGGGAAGAGUCUGAGCUUGAAACACUACAUGGAGGUUCCCCAUACCUUAUCUCUGGAUGAGUUCCCGGUGGUGGAUGAGUUCCCGGGGGCGGAUGAGUAUCCUCCGGUGCUGAAGUGGAGGAGAAAACCCUCUGUGGUGUCCGUGUCCUCGUCCCUCCCUGACCUCCUGGGUAGCUCCACCGGUAGUCUGACUGCGGUGGACUCCUCCUUCCAGCCAGACCAGCCUCUGGAAGACCGGGGCUUAGAGACAGAGAAGAUCCUACUAACAGAGCCUGUUCCAGAGCUGGGCCCGAUGGAAUAUCAGCUUCUCAAGUUCUUCAUCAUACUAAUCAUCCUCCUCAUCCUGUCUUCCUGUUACCUGGCCUUCCGUGUCUGCAGCCUGGAGCACCAGCUGUCCUUCCUCAACAACCCAACACGCCCCCCCCGAGAGAGGAUUUUACUUCACUGUAGACUAGAAGAGGGCAAACCCCCAACUCCACCAUUUUGUUGUAGGUCAAAGACAAUGGCAGGUGAAAGACAAUGGGCAGGCCAAUUGAAGAGCCAGAAAACUACACUCAAACCAAUUGUGGAUGGACUGAAAAGCCCGGGAUUGGUGGAAAUGGUUGGGAGUCAGGACUGGGAAGGACUCUGAUUGGUGGAGGGAUUGGUCUGAAUGGUUUUUAUUGAAGAUUUCUGGACAUGUUCACCAACAUUAGAGUCAACUGUGUUUUUUCCCUCCUGUCAACUUAACCAGGAAUGAACUACAGGACUUCAGAGAAAAGUGUGUGUGUGUGUUACUUUCAAGGAAAGGAUUUGGAUGCAUUAACACACUGACAGUGGAAGAAGCCAAUAUCGUUGGCUUUACAGAUUUUUUUUUUAAAUGAACUUAUGAGGAUCAGUCUACUAUUUCAAAUGUUCAUCAUCAUCAAUGAAGUCUAACUAU